AUGUGUGACUUGACACCGUGGAGGUCUCACUCCGAUGUUCGCGCCAGGGGAUACGUACGCGUUCCAAGCGUUCCAAGUAGCGUUUUGAAGAAGUGCCAGGAGGUACUGAAGAAGAAUGCUGUCGCCAAGCAUUACCAGAGCAGAUGCAGCGGGGCCAACGCGUUCACCUGCAUCGAUUGCUUCAAGACCUUCGAUCGACAAACCAUCAUUGGCCACACCAGCUGCACUACAGAGGAAGAUAAGUGGCACGGCCAGUACGCGAAAUCUCGCCGACAACCGAAUAGAAGUUCUCCAGGUUCGCAGGCUGACCAAUGCGAACGCAGCGCGAAGAAGCAGAAGACAGGAAACCAUACCAGCGGUGCGAGGUCCAACGACAACAAAGUUUCCGUAAAUUCUCAAAAACAGAAGGGAGAUGUUCUCCAGUGGCAAGGAGACUGGACGUCUACCGUCGAACAUAUUCUGAAAAACCAACCAAAGCAAUCCAUGGCUUGGAAACCUCUUGCGGACAAGGCAGUAGAUCUUUAUCUCGCUUCGAAAAAAAACAAAGUCCAGAAAGGGACUGUGGAGAUCAAAGAGAUGCUUGUCAACACCUGCCUGGCGGCCAUUCCUGAAAAACUUGUCAACGAUAAGGAUGAAUUCGUCAGGCUCUCCCACUCCUAGAGUUGCGUGGAGCACUAUUUCAGACUUUCGGCGCUACGACUGCAUCCCAUGAUGGCGCAUAAAAGGGACUGAGAAGGGAUUCUAGAGUGAUGCGUGUAGCUGUGUGGAGUACAGUUGCCACUGCAACUAAGAAACGAAAUCUAUAAGGUGAUUCAUGAUCUAGAGUACACCGGUAAACUACACGGUGUCCCUGGAAUAAAAUGGAUUCGGUAGUGCUGCAUCUUAAUGCAUACCGAGAAGACUUGCGUUUCUCUUUUCUACAAACGCCCCGCGAAAUGGAAUACUCACAUACUAGUGUGAACAUACAAACGUUUCAAAUUCGUUCUCCCCUGUCGCAUGCUUAAGACGUCGGAUGCGUUCUUCGAAAGGGACUCCCAG